UGAAAACAAUGUCAUCCGAGCAGGAUCCCCCGCCCGCCGCGCACCAGCAGCGCCCAGCGCAACGGCAAUCGCAGCCGCAACCGCGAACCCAAGACCAAGACCACGACACCGACAUGCCCCCUGCCCCGCCAGCGCAACAACAACCGCCUCCUCCAUCCGCAACAGCGUCCAGCCAACCCUCCAACCUCAACCCAAAUCCCGAACCAUCCCCCGACCCUUCUCAAGAACAACAACAACAAGAAGACUCGAAACAGCCGCCGCCGCCGCCGCCGCCGCCCGGCCCGCGCGCCGCCCGCCUGCAGGCCCUCUUCGCCUCGACGGUCCGGCACACGCUCGACAAGAUCAGCCGCGACAACUUCGCGGCGUGCUUCCCGACCGUGGCGGCGCGGGCGCCGGGCACACUGGAGUUUGUGCAGCGGCAGAUGGUGGAGCGGCUGGGGGGGUUGUGGCAGAAAGAGUUCGACACGAUCCUCGCCAACCGGCAGGUGGUGGCGCGGCUGAACGAGCUGGAGACGCUGAUCGGCGAGGCUACGCGGCGGCGGCUGGAGGCCGGCGACGGCGCAUCGCCGCCUGUUGCCCCGCACACGCUCCCGGCAGAGACGGUCCUGGCGGCGCACCUCGCGCCGCACGUGGUCGCGCAGCAGUCGCAGCUCAACGCGCGGCUGCAGAACACGCAGGCGGCCAACGCGCGGCUGUGGGCCGAGAUCCAGGCGCAGCGCGCCGAGAUGGAGGCGCUGCUGGCCGGCGUCGAGAAGGUGCUCCGCGACAUGGACGGGGCGAACGCGCUGCUGGACGAGGUCGUCGACGAGCUGGCCGAGGAGACGAGGGCCGCCGAGGGGGAGGUGCGGGCCGUUGGUGUCCGUGCCGGUGCCGGUGCCGGUGCUGCGGGGUCCGAGGCUGCUGCUGGUGCUGGGACGAGGUGACAUGUCGUGUGAGGAAACAUUCAUCAUACCUUGGGUAUGGCCGAUGAGCUAGCUGGGUUGGUUUGGGGGUGAAAAUGAGCAUGGGCUGCGGCGUCGGUUGGAUAUCCAGGCAUUGACG